AUGUCGAUCAGAGCCAUGGAUGUUGGUCGAAGAUAUCUCGUUUCUGGAUCUAAUGAUGAGCAUAUUCUUAUCAAUGAUCUACAAAAAAGAAAAGAGCUUGGAACUUUACUAAAGCAUCAAGGUUCUAUUACCAAACUAGUGUUCUCGGACGAAAAUACCAAAGAUAGCGACGAACAUAGUGAAUACCUGAGCCACAAAACUGGAAGGUGGUUACUUAGUGCAGCUGAAGAUGGAAAUAUUUUAAUUUGGAGAGUCAAAGAUUGGGAAUUGUUUGGUACACUUAAAGGACAUAAAGGAGCCGUUAAUGAUUUAUGCAUUCAUCCUUCUGGAAGAGUCGCUAUUUCCGUUAGUAAUGAUAGAACUGUCAAGUUAUGGAAUUUAAUGAUGGCUCGUAAAGCUUCUACGUUGAAACUUAGAGGUAAAAUUACAUUGGGUCAACUACCGUAUUUCUGCAAAUUCGAGAAAAAGACUGGGGGUGAUUAUUUUGUGAUAGGAUUAAGGACCAGAUUGUUAAUGUAUAAAACGAGGGAGGCCAAGAUCUGUCGAAUCUAUACGAUGAAGAAGACGAUAAUGUGUAUAGAUUUUGUGAUUUUGGAUGAUAAGCAAUAUUUAGUGAUUGGAUUUGAUGAUGGAUGUUUAUGUUUCUAUUUGUUUGAGGAUCAUAUAGGUGAGGGAAAGGAGGAGGAGAAGGGGGAGAAGAAGGAGGAGAAGGAGGAGAAGGGGGAGAAGGGGGAGAAGGGGGAGAAGAAGAAGAAGGAGGAGGAGGAGGAGGAGGAGGAGAAGGAUGAAGAAGACUCCGAUGACCUCUCUGAUGACGACUCUGAUGACGACCCCAUUACCCCCCUUGGUGAACCAGAUUUCAAAUUUCAAGGACAUUCAACUAGAGUUAAAGACUUCUCCAUUUAUCAGGAAAAGCGUCUUAGUGAUGGAAAGAUAUUUACGUACAUUUUUAUGCUACAGGAGAAAGGCUUAACGUUGUUUCAACAGUUCAAGAAUCCAUUGAAAAGCCAGAUAGUAUGA